GUAAUCUGCGCUCGAGUCCAUAUGAAAGGGUCACUUUUUACAACAAAUUAACGGACCGUGAACCAGGAACUACUUUAAUCGACCUUUCAAAAAAGGAAAAAAAAAAUUCCCAAGGCUCGACUGGUCGGGUGUAUCUCCCAUCCCAAAUCAUCCAAACAUUACUUACAACACCCAAUCCACCAGCACCGCCGCCUGUCAUGGUUCGCCACAAGAAGGAUAACUUCUCAUCGCGCGGCAAACACCACGGCCGCGGCGGCGGCGGUGGCUGCCCUCGAAGCGCCCGCCAGAUCAUCGAAUCCGAAAAGCAGGGCGACGGCAGCGCCUCGGCCAACAACAAUGGCUCCUCCUCCUCCUCUUCCACCACCUCCUCCCGACCCGUCUUCAAGGCCGCCUGCUGGGACCUGGGCCACUGCGACCCCAAGCGGUGCUCGGGCAAGCGGCUCAUGAAGCUGGGCCUGAUGCGCGAGCUGCACCUGGGCCAGCGGCACUCGGGCGUCGUCAUCACGCCCAACGGCAAGCGCACGCUCUCGCCCGCCGACCGGCCCCUGCUGGACCAGUACGGCGCCGCCGUGGUCGAGUGCUCGUGGGCGCGCACGAAGGAGGUCCAGUGGGGCAAGGUGGGCGGCCGGUGCGAGCGCCUGCUGCCGUACCUGGUCGCCGCCAACACGGUCAACUACGGCAAGCCCUGGCGGCUGAACUGCGUCGAGGCCCUGGCCGCCGCCUUUGCCAUCUGUGGCCACCCGGACUGGGCCGAGCAGGUCCUGGCGCCCUUCUCGUACGGCUCCGCGUUCCUGGAGAUCAACUCGAGCCUGCUGAAGAAGUACGCCGCCUGCGAGGACGAGGCCGGGGUGAAACAGGUGGAGCAGGAAUGGAUGGACCGGUUGGAUCGGGAAUACAUCGAGAGCCGGGAAGAGGGAGGUCCAGAUGACCUUUGGGCUGGCGGGAACGUCAACAGGAGGAUGCCGGUCGACUCGGAUGACGAGGACGAAGAUGAAGAGGGCUCUGGGGAUGAAGAUGAAGACGACGAAGGCGGAGACGGUGGGAAAGGCGAUGGUGCUGAUGACGAGAGCGUAGAUGGAAUCUAUCUCGGCACCAAACCACCACCCAAGACGCAAAGUGCGCAGACUGGAGAAAAGGACCGCUUCGCCCUCCCCUCCGAGAGCGAAGAAGAGGACGACGAUGCCGAGAUGGAAGCCAUCCGGCGCAAGAUCCUCGCUUCCAAGCCGUUCGCCAACCCCGAACCGGACGAGAAGAAGUCUCUCCAGACGGUGCCGCGGCCACCGCAACAAUACAAGCCGGACUCAGACGCCGAGCCGGACUCGGACAACGGGUCGGAUAAUGACGAGUUUGACAACAUCAUCAAUGCCACGCCCGUGACAGACCGAAUAGGCCUCGUCAAGCUGGAAAAGGAGAGGGCGCGCAUCACGACGACAACCAGGAACUUUUCGUCUGGCGGGGUAUCUGCGCCGUCAAGAUGGUGAGCCAGCGUAGAUUGGCUGACAUCUGUGAAGGACAGCUCCUCUCCAGGUGUUGGUGGGGAGAAGUCGAUAAAGUACAUAUUACACAGGAUAUUGUACAGGAGCAGUUUGUUUUUUUUUCCCUCCCCGGUCCAGCCGUCUACGCCGUCUAAAUCAUUCCCCAGGCAUGAAUGUAAUGGUGCCCUAGA